AGCUUCACAUUUCACGAUUUGCGCCCCUUAACACAACACAUUGUCACGCAAGCAAUAACAUGCCGAAUCCCUUAUCCGACUGUGUCUGAUGGGCUGCCUACAAUAGCUAUGCAAUGACUGAAAGCGAGCCCGUUUCUGUGAUCCCCGCUCAGCUUGCGUUCUUGACCAUCUAUAACCCCUCACUGGGCAAGACAGACGAGACGAUUAGUGAACAAAUUGUUUUUUAUUCAUCUCAAACUACACGCUCACGUUCGAAUGCAAAUACCCCUGCCGACGAUCCAGCGCCAAGUGAAUCUAAGGGCGAUACAAAUGAGAGAUUGCGCCAGGUUGGCCUGGCGCAGGGUAUAGUAAAUUUUGCAAAAAACUUCUCGGGCGGAUACGCAGUCGACAACAUUGAAACUGAAAAGUCAAGGGUUGUCCUCGAUGAACUGGAAAAAGACUGGUGGAUUCUAGCAUCUAUAGAUCUCACACGCCUUCCUUCGGCGGGUGGAAACAAUACUACAUCAGAACCCCCUACAUCUCGAAUUGAGUACUCAUUGCGAGAGGUAUAUCCUCCUCAAACGAUAGUUCAGCAACUACGGCGGGCACACUCGAUAUUUCUCCUACACCAUGAUAUCUCUUUGGAUCGUCUUUACAAUCGACUAGGGAGGCCAUCUUUCUGCAGGAUUCUCAACCGUUUCUGGAGCAGAUUUAUAAGAACUUGGAUUGUGCUGCUCAAUGGAAAUCCUGCAGUGGAUAUAUUUAAUGGCACCAAGCUGGCUCUAGGCGGUGAACUCGGAAUCGGCGUCGGAGAGGAAGAAUGGGGUAGCGGCGAACGAGAGGUGCUUGAGGACUUUGUGUCUCGUACAAGUGGCCUCGUGGACCUGGUUGUCUCCCGGUUCGGUGAUGAAUCGCCGAAGGGGAAUAACUCUAACUCCGACAUUCAGCCCUGGCUGGGAACACAACAGGCUCCACGGCCAUCGGAUGGUGUUAUAUUCUCGGGUGUAGGCUCUAUUUCGCGGAAAUCCUUAGCACGGGUAUCACAGUGGAUGGAAUGGAUAUAUAAAUAUGAUGGAGCCGCAUACGGAGUUGAUGAAAAUCCCAACUCAGUCCGUAGGACCAAGCAAAGGAAAGCUAAAAUCCAACCGGCUACUACUGAGAGUCCUUCUCGAUCACCUCAUCCAAAGAAAACAAAAACAAAACCUCAAACACAAGGCGACACGGCUUCUCCGGGGAUUCCACCGCCCCUGGUGGUGGCCUCGUCACCGCCUAAAUCAACAGCGCCGAAAGAUGGUCAAGAAACAGACGAUAGCAUGUUUGGCAGCGAAGCUCUAAUGAAAUAUCUUACUUUGGGGUACGGUUCAGCAUGGAAAUUUCCAAACUUGUCAACCCAUGACGCGGCCGAGACAAAAUCAAUAGGAGAAACCACCAAACACGCAGCACACGGAGAUAGUCAAAGCGAUGAAGACUCUGGAAAGUUUGUUAUUGGCUUUAAGGACGACUUAGAAGAGGAAAUAUCAGACGAGGAUAGUGCUGAAGGCACUACCUCUCGAGUGAUCUAUGAACAAGGAGAAGCUAGCAAUAGUCGUACUUUGCUAAGGACGCUACAAGUAGAAACUGUUGAAUUAGCUUCAUCUGGAAACAACGAUGAACAAUCCCCAACGGCAUCUUACAAGAAGCUCCAGGUCUUGGUUUAUGUGCAUCGACCAUUUAUGUUCACGUUCUUAUUUGACCUGCGAACACCAUCCCUUUCUUUGCCGUCGUUCUACCGCAGCAUUCACCACCAACUUGGUCCUUUACAAAAACCACUUCUCUCAUCAACGUCGCCACAAAACGUUUAUCGACGAAUACAAUUCGCUGACUUUGACAUAAGCCAAGAGAAACGAGCUUCGAUGGUCGAUAAUCCCAUCUACGAUCUCAUAUACGACCCUAGUAACUUGACCGUACGAUCAUCCAUUCCGAACAUCCCGGAGCUUGGUGUUAGUUCGCCGAAUUACAUGUCUCCAUUUUCAACUCCCGAGGGACAUGAUAAAUGGUCUCGUAUCGAAGCUCUCAAUGUACAUCACCAGUUCCUGAGUACAUAUCUAGAUACCCGUUCGCGGCCAUUGGAGAUGGAACGAACAUGUAAAACCAGUCGCGGCUGGUGGCUUGUCUGGGUACGAAUUCACGAGCCUGAACCAAAUAAACAAUCUAGCCCUCCCAAGGAAGCGAUUUUGAUACGGAAAGCGUCCGAUCCCUCUGCUGUCAGCACUCGGCAGUCUCGCGGUGGAAGCGGAGUCAGGUUCUUGCGAGAUCUCAGUGGAGCGACUAUGUCGAAUUCCAUGGGGGCUGCUAGCAACACAUCACCAAGCAAAUUAGCCGAAGGGCUGGGUCUAGAUGCUCACAAGUAUAUUGAAAGUCUAUUGAGUUUGAAUAAGUGACGGGGUAGCUGAUGGGCUUCAUUGGAUUAGAUUGGGAUGUAUAUAUAUGCGCAAGUUAUUCGGUUAUCACCUACUAGAAGACAAUAUCAAUUCAUGUACAUAGGUAAUACAGGGGCUCUACUAUGUUUACUUUACUGUUGCGGAUGGAGAGCUCACAGCAAGACAGCGAUGUCAAUCUAAAGUCAAA